UGCAUUCGACGCUUCGAACGCUCUCUCUCGCACAAAAAAAGAACUCACGACUUCGUUUGUCGGCUACACACACGAAUCAUUUAACGUAUACUUCGUACGUUGGCUCGUUCGCUCUCGUUCGUUUCUCACCCACGCUUGGGUUGCGCUCUCACUCAUUGUGCGUGCGUGUGCGUGUGUGUAUGUGUGCGUAUUGCCGGCCCGUCGCGUCGUUUAACGUCAUCGUCAUCAAUUUCAUAACGUCAUUUCGUUUUUGCCGCUCGUUCGUUCAGUCAGCGUGUGUGUGUUAGUGUGCGUGUGUAUGUUAGUUUAUGCGUGUGUAUGCGUGUAACUUGACCAGCCAGCUAGCUAGUCAGCCGGACUUGCGUCUUUCAAGUUUAGUCAGUUGGUUUCGCUUCGAGUGGAAUUUUCGGCGCGCAUACUAAAUAAAUGCCAUUGCGUUUAUUUACAAACAAAAGUGGCCAAGCACUCAAAAGUUAAUAUUCCUUAUCGUCGUAGUCGCAGUCGCAGUCGCAAGUGUUUUUGACAGUGCAAACAUAAAAAGAAAGUUCAGCACACAGCAACUAAAUUUUAACAUAAAAUUAUAUACAUAUACAUAUACAUAUAAAAAUCAACGUUACAUACAAAUGCCAUUGUGGCCCAUAUAAAGUGAAGCCCACUCCACAAAGUUUGCAACUUCAACUAAAACGACACAUUUUAUGCUUCAAAAGCUAAAGCGUUACAACAACAACAAAAAAUCACUAAGCUCUUUGCCAAAUACGCGCGAGAGUAACAGCAACAACUAAAAACCCAAGCAACAUAAUAAUAAAAAAGCGCCUUUUGCCCAAAGGCAAAGUAACGUAAAAAAACAACAACAACAAGUGCACAUAUAUAGGGAUUACGGAAGUUGCAAGAAGAAGAAGAAGCAGCAGCAGCAACCACACAACAUGUCACGGAUCGUUUUUGUCGUACUGGCAGCCAUCUUAACAGAUGCGCUCAGCUAUGGCCAAGUGAACGUCGAGCCCAACACAGCGCUGCUCAACGAGGGCGAUCGCACCGAGCUGCUCUGCCGCUAUGGCCGUCCGCUUACCUAUUGCCGCAUCGAGAUUCCAGGCGAGAACAAGGUCUUGAAUUUGUCGCCUGUUUGGAGCAAGACUCCCGGCUUUACCUACUACGGUGCGGGCUUGAAUGCGGGUCAGUGCGGCGUCAGCAUCGAGCGCGUCAAGGCCAGCAACAAUGGCCAGGUCAAGUGCAGCUUGGGCGUCGAGGGUGAAGAGUUAACCGGCACCAUUGAUCUGGUUGUUGCACUGCGUCCGCAGCAGCCCAUCAUCGAGCUCAUCUCCAAGCCGAAUCGCGAGGGCUUCUUCGACGAGGGCACACAGUUCAAUGCACGCUGCAGCGUCGCCAAUGGUCGCCCACCAGCAAACAUCUCCUGGUACAUUGACAACAUGCCCGCCAAUAAGCGCACCACCCCCCUGGACAUUCAGACCACCACCCACGACAAUGUCGAGCUCGCCACCUCCGUCCAGGAGAUCUCCUGGCACUUGUCCGCCGACGAUAGCAAUCGCAAAUUGGUCUGCCGCUCGCAUCAUCAGACCGACCGCGAGAGUCUGCCACCCCAGGAAGCUGCCUACAUCAUCAAUGUGCGCUACGCACCCGUUCAUCAGCCCGAAGCUUUGGUCUAUGGCCUCUACUUGGAUCACACCGCCUAUGUGAACAUUACCAUACGCGCCAGUCCGCCACCGAAUGUGGAGUGGACCGUCGAUGGCAAAGUGGUGCCCCAGGGCCACUAUGAGGAGCGCUACUCGGCACUGGAGCCACAGUAUGUGGGCAACGAUGAGUACAAUGUGACUUUGGUUAUCGCCGGCCUGACUCUGGAGGACACCACCAAGACCUACAAUUUGCGGGCCAGCAAUAAUUUGGGCACCACGGACUAUCAAGUGCGCAUUAGCUCGUCCAGCAAGCCACCCAGCAGCAGCUUGGACGUGGCCGCCAUUGUGGGCAUCGUUGUGGCCGUUGCUGUGCUGGUGCUCAUUGUGCUCCUUGUGCUGUUUGCCCGUGCCACCGGUAGAUGGUGCUUUGGUGGUAAAUCAAUCAAGACGCCCACAAAUGAAACCAGCAGUAGCAACGAGAAGCAGCUUGAGCAGCUUGGCGAUGCAGCAGCUCAUCAUGGCCAGAACGUGGCACUGCUGGAGUCGCCCAAUGGCAUCACACUGCUGGGCGCCAGCAAACUGCGUGAGUCAAACGGAAAUGGCCACAGGCAUGAGCGUCUCUCUGCUGUGGAGCGUCGUGCCCAUGAUGAGGACGACUCCUUUGAGUAUGCCACAGAUCGUGAGAGCAGCGUAUACAAUCCAACCACAAUGCCGCUGCGACGCUCGCACGAUGAUGCGGAGCCAACAACAAGCACUGAACAGUCGGAUCUGCUGCAACGUGGCAAUCAGCUGGGCAUACCCGAGUCGCGCUUCUCACGCUGGCUGCCCAAGCAUCAGCGCGAGCUGCUCGAGAAGCAGGCAAACAUUCUAUCCGGACGUACGCAAACUGCAGCGAAGCCAACGCCGCCAGCAGCACCACCGAAGCCAACGAAAAAUUCACAAGCCACAACAGCAGCAGCAACAACACCAACAACAGCAACAGCUAAUGCAACCAUAAAGCUGCCACAGGAAACGGAAAUCUAAAUAUGUGUAUUAUGUGUGUGUGUGUGUGUGUGUGUGUGUGUGAUUAGAAAUGUUAGAGCUUUAACUCCAGCCAAGUUAGUUUUAAAUUUAAAGCAUAGUACUGGGCGCUGCAUAUCAGUGAGCUUUUAGUCAUACUGUCAAGCUGACACAAAGCUAAAUCUCAUAGCCACAACACACAAAACAAACAGCAACAAGUAUUCAAUAUUGUUUACCAUGAAGUACUCUUAACAAAACAAAAAACCCACACACAGCAUGAAAUUGUGGCAUGAAAUUAUAAAUAUUUUCGAAUAUAUAUUAUUUGUAUUUUAUAGCAGUUGCAUGGCAAGCCAAUUAAAUAAUUUAGCUUGCAAACGAAACGAAAGUGAAUGGAGAUGUGCCUACUGUACUUCCUUUAAAGAAAAGCCAAAACGAUUUCCUUUUAUAAUUUUAAUUCAUGUUAAGCUUAGCGAGCAAAGUAAGCUGUAGUUAACUCUAAGUUUGUUUCAUUUA